AUGUCAAAUAGUAAUAGUAAUCAUAAUAAUCAUAAUAGUAACGGUAUUGACGAUAAAAAUGAUAAUCAAAAUAAUAAUAAUCAUAAUGAUAUAGAUAAGAAUAAUAGUGAUAAUGAAAUUAGUAGUGAUGAUGGUGAUGACGAAGUUGGUACCUAUGAUUAUGACGAUGAUGAUGAUUAUAGUGUUAAUGUAGAUAUGAUUAAUUUAAACAUAAAAGAUAGUAUAGAAGCUGUUGUAUAUAAAAGAAAUGAUAAUGAGGAUGAGGACGAUGAUGAUGAGGAUGAUAUAGAAGAUGAUGAUGAUGAUAAUAAUUAUCAAAGUGAAAGUAAUAUCGAUAAUCAUAAAAAACAACUAUUAAACAAAAAACAACAACAACAACAACAAAAUAAACAAAUUCCACAAAAGAAACUACCACAACAACAUAAACCAUCAACAUUUGGUCAAAGAAUGUCAACACCUACCGGAUCGAUACCUUCAUCCUUCGCACCAACUUCACCAUCAACACCGAAAACACCAAAAUCAAAUAAUAAUGAUAAUGAAGUUAUUCAAUUAAGACAAGAAGUAAAUAGAUUAAAACAACAAUUAAAGCAGUCGGUUCAUAGUAACAAUGUACUGGAGUUUAAAAUUCAAUUAUUAUUAGAUAUGUACAAUCAGCAAUUCCAACAAAACUAUCCUGCCUAUCAUCAACAAGAUGCCCAUCCACAAUCUCACCAUAACCAACAAAACUGA